GGAGACUUGGGUGGAAUAUGAAGUAUUCUGAAAAAAGACAUGCAGAGAGCAUCUGAGCUUAUAUAAGAGACAGGUCAGUAAGUCUCUGCCUGACAGGCACUUGGCAUCCCUUGAGAGCAAGCAAACCAGUUAUCAAUUAGAAGGGACAUCAUUCAGAUAAUGAGGGUGAAGUCCCUGUUAGCUGUCACCAAGCAGAUUGGGAAAAAUCUCCUCUUCAAUCAGAGUGGGCUCCAUGCCAGACACUGCAGCUUGGCAACAUGCUCUUUGCAAAAUACAAAUGCAAACUGUAAGUACCCCUUUAAUUACCCUCUUCAUAGUGUUUUCUGGUCCUUAGUGACAAUUGGAGUCAGGACAUUGUGUUUUGCUAAAGGGCUCUUUAUCCUGGUUUUAUUUUGGCUUCUCUCACACUGUAGGAUAGGGAUGUGUGUAAGUGACCACUGAAAGAUGUGCAGAUACAAAAUUAAGCUAAAAUAUGAACAUUGUGACUAUAGAGUUGCAGAAAUCAACACUUUAUUCCUAAAUAUUGCAGUUACAUGUUCAAUUCCUAUUAAUUUGGUGUUUAGACAAUAAACCCCUUGGUAUCUUCUCGUGGAUUAAGAGUUUCCCUUUUUUUUAGUGCACAUAAAUACUAUAAACCACAUGCACACCCCAUCAUGACGAAAUUUGAAAUCUCCAAAAAACAAAACACAGUGGAUCUUGGAAAGCAAGCUAUUAUAGAUUUCCAAAAUUUCAUGUAUCAGCUGCUAAGGGAUCCUUUCAGUAUCCAAUGAUCACUAUGUGAUAACGUGUUUUGGUCCGGAGAACAUUUCAGUAUUGUAUGCCACUAUCAUAAAAAGGAUACACUAGGCACCAUAACAACCACAGCCCAAUUUGAUAGAUAUAUAGAUAGACAUAAAACCAAGGAGGUUGCACUCACCUGAACGUGUAUACAUGAAGGGUGCUGCUGGGGCCAAUUCAUGAAACACACCAUAUCCAGUGCACUCACCCAUUACUAGACUGCAAAUAUCAAAAUGCAUAGUUAGUAAUAUUAAUGUUUAAAACCCCUCACCGAGACCAAAUAUAAUGGGGGUUUAGUUACAGUAUAUGAUCAUACGUUGCAUAACCCUGCCACAACGCCAAACUGCCAAUGUACCCCCAGCCUGGCAUUGCAACCAGAUACCUGCAUUUAUGAGAUUAACCCACGUACUUAGGAAAUGUAGAAUACAUUAAUAUUAGUUUUGGUAUUAUAAAGAAAUUUCAACUUUUUUUUUUAUUUCUUGAGUUUUUCAACAUCACUUUGAUAAAAGCCUUCUAUCUGUGCAAGGAAUUAUAUUUUGCUUGGCCAGUUAAGCCAUUAAGAAUACAAAUGCUUUAACAGCAAAAACGAGAAACAAUCUUGAUACAUGCUGAUCUGUCUUCAAAGAAGAAGUUUAUUUAUUUUGUCCCCACGGGAUAAUUCUAAACACAAUAGGGCAUCUCUUUUCAUGUACCACCCACCAGUCAGAGAAAGUGAUCUAUGCUUCCAGCAAUGCAUCUGAUAACUCUAAAUGCAAGUUCAAUAUUUUGACCAGUUUGGAAUAAUACUUUUUUUGAUAGAAAAUAUAUAAUCCAUUUAAUUUACCACCAAAUCAUUAUGGACAUUUAACCUCUUUAGAAUGGAUAUAUAUUUUUACACUAAGGAAUUUGCGUAAGCCUGGACCUGAAGGGCUUAAUGUUCAUUAUUCUUAUUGAAUUAUUUAUAUAGCGCCAUCAGAUUCCGUAGCACAGUACAAUGGGUGGAAUUCUAAAUAGGGGGUCUAAAUAAUGGCACGCUGUGAACGAGAACUUCUUUGGGAACUGGGAGGGGGAAUGAUAUUCGACCAGCAUAUUGAUGAGUGAUGGCGAAUUGUUUAGUUUCUCAUCUUUUGAAAACUAUACUGAAAAGUUCUGUUGUAUCUGGAAAUCAGCAGUUAUUUUACUAGAUUUUCUUGAUCAACUGUCAAGAUUUCUUUUUCUUGGACUCUUUUAAUAAACAAUUUUUGAAAACAAAUUUUACAAUUUAUUGGCACAGCCUCAGUGGGUCAGGAUGGGAUUAGUGACUGUGCCACUCACAGAAUCCAACUGGAGUCCAACUUCUAAUGUUACCCGGUAGUUUCCUUGUUUUUCCUUUUCUUCCAGUUGGGUUUACAAUAACAUUUUGCCUUUAUUUCUAGAAACCUAAUUCUGUUUUGUGAUCUACACCAUGCUCACCCAGCCAAAUAAACUGCCACACCUUUAUAAGGUGUUUCCCAAUAACAAUGCUUGAAUUCAUGCGUGGGUGCAGGUAGUCUGAGGAUGCUUAUCGUGUUCGUCUCUUGACAUUAAAUUAUAAUCGACCAUUAGCUCACAAGAGAUUGUAUUGUUCAAUGGAUCAUAGAUAGUGUCUUCUAGCCUUUUCAUGUUGGUGUUUCACGUGGCUACCUUCUGAGACUCAAAUUAUUGGCUUUAUUGCUAUGGUCACACUGUCUAAGUGGCAAACUACUUGAAAAUAGUUUCAUAAACCAGGUUUGAGACUGGGUUUCUGCUGGUAAGUAAGUGGAAGAGAAAACCAGAGCAUUAUUAGUUUCUCCUACAGUGUAUUGUGUGCCCUAGCUGAAAAAUAGGGCACACGAUAAACUGGAGGAUAAACUAACUAUGCUCUGGUUUUCUCUUCCACUUACUAUGUGUGGCCACUGGCCACUGGAGGAGCCUGGUCGUCCGCCUCCUGCCGCUGGACUAUCGCCCCAUGUUUAACACUGUUCUUUUUCCCUCCAGAAAGGCUGGUUUGUGCCUUUCUGCGGACUGUUAAAGUCACGAACACCACAGAGCCGCCGACCUCCCUUCUCCUACCAGCAGUCAAUUAUCCGAACACUGGUCCAUUCGGUACUUUACUGUUUAACCCAUGCUACCCCAGUUAGCUAUGCCAUGGAGCCCAGCCGCAUACUGAAAGACUGUAUGAAAGACUUUGGCUCCAUGGCGAUUGAACUGUAUGCAUGUGAUCUGAGCGCCAUCCAGUAAUAAUGUGCGCUCAGAUCUCAGCUAACUGGGGAUAGGUAGAAUGUGUAUGUAAUUUUAUGUUUUAUUGUCCUUUGUCUGCCAUGUGGUUAAUGGAGUUUUGUCUCUGUCCUUGGAGAUAAUUGGAUUACUUCCCAAUUAUCUCCAGGACAGACAGGAGGAAUUGUAAUGCAUUGUGGGAUUGUAAGCUUGUGAUUGGUCAAUUUCCAAUAUGUUUCCCAGUCUUCCAUCUGGUCCCCUAGGGGAGUGUCCACCAGGUGGGAGACCUGCAUAAAAGCCGGGCAGGUAGCCCCAGUAAAUCAGUUCUGCUUGACCCUCAAACGAAGUGUCGUCUCGUUCUUGGGGGGAAUUGGAUUGUAUGCUGUUACAGUGCGACUGCCAGGAGUGUAAACUGUUUGUAUGGUUUUUCCUGUUCGGCUGUUUACAGCAUUCGUGUGUUUCCUGUUCGGGAGUUUGGAGCAUUCCCCUGGUUCCAGUUCGGGAGAUUGGUGAAUUUGUGUGAUUGCAGUAGCUGUCUGUGCAUCUAAAAAGGGGAAUAUCGCCUAAAUGGUUUUUAACCUCUUGUGUGCAAAACAGUCCAUUACACUAUGUUCCAUACCGGGUAAGGGUAGAGCUUAGAACAAUGAUUGACAGGAAGCUGAGAUGGAGGCAUUCACGUCCAGUAUAACGAUAAAUACAGCAUUUCUGCAUUUUAUUUAGUUUUUCACACCUCGCAAACCUAUUGGUUAGCUGUAGGACUAGGUAGACAGAACACGAACACUCUUGUGGUGAGCUGUGACUGCCAUGUUGUGCGCAUGCAUGGAGCAAAGACUUGUGAUCAUUGUUACUAAGACUCUUUAAUCAAUGAUGCAACCCAGACCCAAUGCAGUAUAUCCUGCACUGCACCCUCAAUACUGGGUCCCCGCUAGAUGUUGCAACAUUAUAUAACACUAUAUAUUGUAGCACUUGUACACCAACCACCAAGGUAUAAAGCCACCAGACAGAGCUGGAGGCAAAAUAUAUAACUCAUUGGCUUUAUGGAGGCCUGCUGGCUCUGAAUGGACUUCCUUUUCACAUAUAUCUGCAGGACACAAUCAUUAUGGGUGGCGAGUGGUGAAAGGGGCUCUCCUGUUGACUCAGGUUCCAAUUCAUUCAAGCAUUAUAUCUACCUGUUUCAUACAAUCUGAUACUUUUCUAGUGCACUCAGUAUAUGCCUGCGAUGAGCACAGUGAAAUCUCUUGCACUUAACAGACUAUAUUGGCCGACUCUUUCAAUUACAUGAAGAAUGAUGGGUCCAGGAAAACAUGGUGGAUCUGCCAACCCCAAGGCCUGAUGUAAGAUAUGUGUAUUUAGAUGUGUCCCCCUACAUGGGUGAACAAUGAAUGAGAACAAUGAAUCUGUACCCCCUACAUGGGUGAACAAUGAACCCCCCCCUGUCUCAUGAGGGGGGGGGGGGGGCGGUUUAAUACAAGAUUACAAGGUAUUUAUCAUUCAUGUAGCUCGGACAUAUUCUGCCCCACCUGGCCAACAGGACUGGAAGCGAGCAGAGACCCAGAGCGCCAACUGUCAUUUUCCGUUAUAGCUCAUUCUAAAGAGUUUAUAAUACCUACUGCAUUUUGAAAUGUGAAUUCCCUUUUAGUAACAGUUUUAUUUUCCAUAAAUUUGAACAGUCAAUAUUGUGGUAUCCGCUCUGACUCAUUCACAGGGUUCUAUGACUCACUCUGUUUACCGAACAUUACUUUUGGAAAAAGUACCACUAUUACUUAUUAUAGACUGAACAGAACUUUAUUUUUAUAUAUAAUAAACAAUGCAUUAAAAGUGAUAAAAAAGCUAAAGAUAUAUAUAUAUAUAUAUAUAUAUAUAUAUAUAUUCCAUUCCAGGGGGUCACUUCAUUGAUGCGGGGAGAAAGUUGUAAAAAUAAGUUUGUGUCAUAAUAAAAAAUAUUGUAAAUAUUUGUUGAAAAUGUUGCUAAAAAAAUUAAAAUGUGAUCUAAUUGUUUAAAUUCCAAUCAGUAUUUAAUUUUUUUUCAAAGACAAAGGUGAUAAAUGUUAACCUUGAGAUUUCUCCACUAAAUGGCAAAGACACGGCGAGUUGGAAAUAAAGUGGAAAAAUGUAAUCUAACAAAUGAGACGCAAGAACCCUAGGACACAGUAUUAAUUGUUUCUGGCCUUGCAUUACCCACAUCUGGAUCACCAUAUACACAUUUUGGAUUUUCUUUAUAAUUAUGUAACAGCUCAUGUUUGUUUGAGAUUAUGCUUUCAUUUGCAAAAGGAUAAGGUAUAGAGUCCCUCUAAAGACGCUGUUGAUUCAGCGACCAAUAGAAUCUUGCAGUUUCUAUACAGCACAAAACAGAAUGGAAUGUUGUGUCAGCUGACACUCUGGCAUUUACUAAUGCCUAAAGCUUCACAGAACCCAUAUUUCUAAUGAGAAUGGGAACAUAGAAACUUAGAAUGUGAUGGCAGAUAAGAACCAUUCGGCCCAUCUAGUCUGCCCAAUUUUCUAAUUACUUUCAUUAGUCCCUGGCCUUAUCUUAUCACUAGGAUAGCCUUAUGCCUAUCCCACGCAUGCUUAAACUCCUUUACUGUGUUAACCUCUACCACUUCAGCUGGAAGGCUAUUCCAUGCAUCCACUACCCUCUCCGUAAAGUAAUACUUCCUGAUAUUAUUUUUAAACCUUUUGUCCCUCUAAUUUAAGACUGUCCUCUUGUUGUGGUAGUUUUUCUUCUUUUAAAUAUAGUCUCCUCUUUUACUCUGUUGAUUCCCUUUAUGUAUUUAAAUGUUUCUCUCAUAUGCCCCGUCUCCUUUUUCCUCCAAGCUAUACAUGUUAAGUUCCUUUAACCUUUCCUGGUAAGUUUUAUCCCUCAAUCCAUGAACCAGUUUAGUAGCCCUUCUCUGAACUCUCUCUAAAGUAUCAAUAUCCUUCUGAAGAUAUGGUCUCCAGUACUGCGUACAAUACUCCAAGUGAGGUCUCACCAGUGUUCUGUACAAUGGCAUGAUCACUUCCCUCUUUCUACUGCUAAUACCUCUCCCUAUACAACCAAGCAUUCUGCUAGCAUUUCCUGCUGCUCUAUUACAUUGUCUUCCUAACUUUAAGUCAUCUAAAAAAUAAUUACUCCUAAAUCCCUUUCCUCAGAUGUUGAGGUUAGUAGGGUAUCAAAUAUCCUAUACUCUGCCCUUGGAUUUUUUACGUCCAAGAUGCAUUAUCUUGCACUUAUCCACAUUAAAUGUCAGUUGCCACAACUCUGACCAUUUUUCUAGUUUACCUAAAUCAUUUGCCAUUUGGCUUAUCCCUCCUGGAACAUCAACCCUGUUACAUCUCUUAGUAUCAUCAGCAAAAAGACAUACCUUACCAUCAAGACCUUCUGCAAUAUCACUAAUAAAAAUAUUAAAGAGAAUAGGUCCAAGUACAGAUCCCUGAGGUACCCCACUGGUGACAAGUCCAAGCUUCGAAUAUAUUCCAUUAACUACAACCCUCUGUUGCCUGUCACUCAGCCACUGCCUUAGCCAUUCAACAAUAUUGGAAUCUAAACUUAAAGAAUCUCAGCUUUAGCAUAGCUAUGCAGGCAAGAUGGGCGGUAGGUACCGAACCAUUCCUAACAUGUUUGACAGCUUACCAUGGGAAGGCACCAGUGAACUCCUGAAACCAUAACAAUUACAGCACACUGCAGUGAUUAUGGUGCUUUACGUAUCCUUUUAAAGCCCUGCCCUUUGCCCCAUUUUGCCAAAAAAUAAGCUGGUCUAUGAGAGAAGUUGGACCCUGCUUUGUAUUGUAUCUUCCUGAUUUAAAAACGUAUAUAAACUCCAACACAAUCUACAUGGGAUUUUGUUUUUUUCCUGGAAAGAUUCUAUUUUCACGAAAAACUCUAAAGUGAUGGAAUUUAGAGUAAAAGGAAGUGGGUUAAAGCUCAUCCAAUUGGACAAAUUACCCACAAUACAGUGCUGUGGUAUUUGUUUACCUGCUGUAAUUACCUUUAGACUCUCCCUGUGUUUAUACGCGGGGGAAUAGUGUACAUUAUGUGCUUGUCUUUAAAAGGAAAUGUUAAAUCGCCAGGUUUCCCCGCAGUUAGUUUGUAAACAUAUGGGGAUUAUUCAAUAAACUAAACUUAUUGAGAAUUGACAAGAGCAUUGCAAAGGAAUUGGGAGAAUUGCUGAUCGAUAAUUGUUUUGUUUUUUUUCACUUUUCCACUGAUCAAUUUUCCAGAAGUCCAUACAGCGUUAUUCACCAAACUGUCAAUUUUUGCACACCCUCAAAGGAAUUGCAAAUGCUCCCAGUCAGUCCCUGAUUUGUCUCAUUUAUUUGUUUUUUUUUAUUGUGUUAAAAUUUUAGAUAUCACAACACAGUGAGAUGAUUUUUUUUUAAUCUAUUUUUUUUUUGCAAAGGUUCAAUAUUUAGGAAAAGAUCAAAAGUGACAGAACUCCUUAAGUCAUCAAAACUUUUUGUUUGCUUUAUAUAUAUAUUAUAUUUUAUUUAAUUUUUUUUAUGCAGGAAACAAAACAAACCUACUGAAGAAUGACUAAUUCUGCACAUGCCAGGCAUUGCAAGUGGCACACAAGCUAAAGUUGCAUCUCUGAGCUCUGAACAUAUUCCUGUCCCUUGAUUGGGUGUGUUUCCUGGCGUUUGCUUUAGAGGUUGCCAUGGAGAGCACAGCUGGGCACAGAAGUUAUUUUUUCCAAAUUCUGGGUGUGGUUUUAGCUUUUUCUUGGCAGAUCUGAUGUGGCAGAGUACUCGGCGUAGAACUGCACAUUAUGUACAGACUCCGAGGGAACAAGGGGGGCAAAUGGAGGAUGUGCAAAAUAAAAAGUUCUGGGUGCUCCGGAAAGAGAACUAUGGGAUUUAUUCCUUAAACAGUGAAAUGUAAAUAAAACAAAUUGUGACUGAAGCUCAGCUAGAGAACUUUUAAAACCUAUUGUUGGCCAACAUUUUGCAAUUUUUGUUUUCAAUUUACCACAGGUAACUCUGUUUAGAAGAAAGUUAACUUUGUGUUUUUAUGGGGUUUUUUUUUUGUUUUUUUUUUGUUCUGGCAAGGAUUGUAGCGAUUUGCAUUAUUUCAUGCAUUCCAACCGGCAGUGUAAUUACAGAACGGUUAUGCCUUUUAAGAAUGAACAAACUAUGACUUGGGUCAGUAGGUUGAAAGGGUCACUAUAGCCUUAGGAAUACAAACCAGUAAGAUAAGAAAAAAUAACAUGGGAAGCAUGGUGUAUUGGGAUAAUCUCUUAACCGUUCCAAUUCUGGCUGGACGGUCCUAUCCCGACUUAGUCCCCUGGUGUCAUGCUUUUGGGGAAACAAACAACUGUCCCAACAAGCAUAAUGUGAGCGCAACAUUAGAUGCACUCAUACUAUGGUCAGGACACUAUGACUUUGCAGGGAGAGCUGCAACAAUGUUCACUGCAGGGUUUUCCCUUAGUGGGCUGACUUCACAUGACAGGCAGGCCUUUUCUGGCAGGUCUGCCCCUUUUGGGGCAUAAAGAUUACCUGUCCCACCAGCAUCCUGAUUUUAUGAUAAGUAUGCGUUCUACUAAGAGACUCCCUAAGUAUGAUCUAUAACUUUACCUAUAGAAAACUGCAACGUUUAAUGUAUGCUCCCUAAGUGGGGCUGAGAUUAUUAUAAAAGGCAGUGUCCCCACCGUCGUUGGGACCGACCAAUUCAGUGGCAGUGCCACACACUUCCCACUCCAGUCCCAAAUGUAUAUCUUAAAGGACCACUAUAGGCAGCCAGACCACUUCAGCUUAGUGAAGUGGUCUGGGUGCCAGGUCCAUCUAGGAUUAACCCUGCCUGCUGUAAACAUAGCAGUUUCAGAGAAACUGCAAUGUUUACACUACAGGGUUAAUCCAGCCUCUAAUGGCUGUCUCAUUGACAGCCGCUAGAGGCGCUUCCGCACUUGUCACUGUGAUUUUCACAGUGAGAAGACGCCAGAGUCCAUAAGAAAGCAUUGAGAAUGCUUUCCUAUGGACUGACUGAAUGCGCACGCGGCUCUUGCCGCGCUUGCGAAUUCAGCCGAUGACGUCCGGAGGAGGAGGAGAGUCCCCAGCGCCGAGGAAGCCCGGCGCUGGAGAGAGGUAAGAGUUUAACCCCUUCCUACCCCUUCAGCCCAGUGGGAGGGGGGCCAUGAGGGUGUGGGGGGGAACCUAUUAAUACUAUACUGGAGUUUGUCUAAAGAGGGCUGGCAGCAGGCUCAAAGCACACCCAAGGAAAGUUUUCAAUCCAUUCUUAAACUUCUUACACUGGAAGGGCCCAAGGGCACUCCUGGCUUAUUUUAAGCUGACCGUAGGUGGCCUAUUUGCAAAGUUUUGAGUACAAAUCACAAGUUUUACCAUCAGAUGAUCACAUUUCAUCAUAUCCCUUGCAAUGUUAGACCUGGAUAGUAUGGCAUAUUAUCAAACAAGCGUUUACCUGAAUUUCACAUCUUGGGGUCACUAUGGACUCGUGACAAUUGUUACAUUGGCAAAAAGGUUGUUAUGCCAUUUUAGUGAGCUGGAAAAUCAACAAAGAGGGAUCAUUCUUCCAACAAAUUGCAAACAUUAGGGAAAAAAAAUAUAUAAACUGUUCCCCUUUUCAGUUUUCUACAGUUCAGUUUGGUAAAUGAGCCCAAUGCUGAGCAGGUUGUAUCAUGUAUCUGGUUGAAGCUAUUAACCUAUACACACCUUAAUAAAAAUAUAUAUUCUGGGGAAAAACUCCACAAAAUAUACCAUGGUUCUGAGAUUAUACAAACGCUUGCUGGAAAAUACAUAACCUUAUACUUGCAAUUCAAGCACAGAUUGUUGAUCUCAAUAGUAGGGGUAUUUACAAAACUUAGAAUUCAGAGUGUAUUAAGGCAGAGUAGUGAAACUGAUAGCACGAUUUAGAUCAGGCUCCCCCAAACGCCGGCCCUCCAGAUGUUGCUGAACUACAACUCCCAUGAUUCUUUAAAUGAAAUAGAUAGGCUGAGAAUCAUGGGAGUUGUAGUUCAGCAACAUCUGGAGGGCUGGAGUUUGGGGAAGCCUGGUUUAGAUCAUUUCCUAGUUCUGCUGUUCUGACUCUGAAUUAGAAAUUCACUUUGAAUUCUCACUUUAUUGAAUAACCCUGUAUAACUAUGAAGGGUCCAGCCUUAUUCUGGGAAUGUGAGGGAGACUGCCUUAUGGCAAUACCCUGAGAGUUGCUGCAAAGUAUUGGGAUUAAUAGUUUUAUGAAAUGUUUUUGUUUUUAUAUUUUGCCUCUCAUGAAACUCCUAAAUGAGGUGAAAUAAAAGACAGCUGCUGAUUGGCUGAUUAAGAAAGCAGGUUGCCAGAACCCGGAAGCGUGCGUUCCAUGCCUCGUAUUCAAGUUUGGCCGUGAUUGGAGCAGCGCCGGGCGGGGCCUGGCGAGGGGCGGAGCUAGGUGGUGUUGUUAUAAUGUAUUGAGUAGAACGUUUCAGGGGCCACAUCACCUGGGCGAGAGGAGCUGGGGGACCGAGGGCUGUGUUACCAUGGUGAUCCAGGGAUGCAGGAGGUUGCUGGGGCCUUUCCUGGCUUCUAAGAGGGCAGUCAGAGGGGCCCCCAGGCUCAGCCCAUCACACUGGGUGCCCUCCAGGCACUGCAACAUUACUGGCUGCUCCUACAAGCUGAGGAACGUGGACUGUGAGUGGGGGCAGCUGGGAAUGAGGGCAAGGGGAACCUACCUGCAGGGGGAGGGGAUCUACUUACCCAAGGUAAACACCUACCUGCAUGGGGGGACAUCUACUUACCCAAGGUAUACACCUACCUGCAUGGGGGGGAUAUCUACUUACCCAAGGUAUACACCUACCUGCAGGGGGGGGACAUCUGCUUACCCAAGGUAUACACCUACCUGCAGGGAGGGGACAUCUGCUUACCCAAGGUAUACACCUACCUGCUGGGGGGGAGGACAUCUACUUACCCAAGGUAUACACCUACCUGCAUGGGGGGGAUAUCUACUUACCCAAGGUAUACACCUACCUGCAUGGGGGGGACAUCUGCUUACCCAAGGUAAACACCUACCUGCAGGGAGGGGACAUCUGCUUACCCAAGGUACACCUACCUGCAUGGGGGGACAUCUACUUACCCAAGGUAUACACCUACCUGCUGGGGGGGAGGACAUCUACUUACCCAAGGUAUACACCUACCUGCAUGGGGGGAUAUCUACUUACCCAAGGUAUACACCUACCUGCAUGGGGGGACAUCUACUUACCCAAGGUAUACACCUACCUGCAUGGGGGGACAUCUACUUACCCAAGGUAUACACCUACCUGCAUUGGGGACACAUACCUGCAGGGGGGGAUAUCUACCUACCCAAUGUAUACACCUACCUGCAUGGGGUACACAUACAUGCAUGAGGGGACUGCUACCUACCCAAGGUACACACCUACCUGCAUGGGGUACACAUACAUGCAUGAGGGGACCGCUACCUACCCAAGGUACACACCUACCUGCAUGGGGUACACAUACAUGCAUGAGGGGACCGCUACCUACCCAAGGUACACACCUACCUGCAUGGGGGACACAUACCUGCAGGGGGGACAUCUACUUACCCAAGGUAUACACCUACCUGCAUGGGGGACAUCUACCUACCCAAGGUAUACACAUACCUGCAGGGGGGGGGGGAAAUCUACCUACCCAAGGUAUACACAUACCUGCGGGGGGGGGGGAAUCUACCUACCCAAGAUGAACCCCUACGUGCAGUGGGAGAACCAACCUACCCAAGGGGAGGGGACACCUAUCUAGCCAAUGUGAAUCCCUACCUACCCAAGAUGAGGGCACCUAUCUACCCAAGGUGAACAGCUACCUGCAGGGAAGGUGCACCUAUGCUUGUAACCCCAAUACAGACUGGUGGGUAUUGAAUGAAAGGUGCUGCUGCAUAAUUUCUAUGCCUGAGGGAGAAAAUCCAUGAACCAAAGAUUGAAAAUAACCCAAAUAAUUUGCAUUCUACAUAGUGCAGGGUAUCACUGUAAUGGAUCAGAUUGCAAAAGGUCUGGGAGGGAGGUAUACAGGAUAAGGUGAAUGAGGACAAAUAUUGAGGAAGUGACUUCAGUUUAGCAGUUCUGCUGCUGUGUGGAAUGCAAUCCAAAUGAUACUCAGCCAGCCAGACCACGAGGUAACAUUCAUCCCACUAUAUCUCUAAGAUAAAGGUUAGCCAGUUUUGAAUAGUAAGCUAAAUGCUAGGUCAGGGGAUAUUUAGCUUAGUAAUGUACAUGCAGAUCUUUGCUGCAUGGCUGUAUGAAAAACAUGACUUGUUUUACACCCCCUAGAGAUAUGGCAGGUGCUCUGAUAGUGCUGGCAUGUUUACUUUCAAUACACCUGUUGCAAACUAAUUCCAUAGGUGGGUUACAGUUGGCUGCCAUAUUGUAGGGUCAUGUGGCGGUUUUUAAGUAUUUGAAUCCACUGAUAAUGUUUCAAAACCAGAUCUCAUGUAUGCCUGCAUAUACAAAAUGUGUCUGAGAAGGACUGCAUGUCCCAGGAGAUGGCCAUAUGUCUUGAAUUCUCAGUGUAUGCAUUCCCCACAUGUUGCACAUUUAAUUCCUAUACUUUUCCUUUUCUACUUCCACAGGAAGGCUAUUCCAGUAUCUACUACCAUUUCAGUGCUAGUUUGCUUCAUUGAGCCAUUCACAUACACCUUGUACACUGAAAAACAUGGUGGGAGUUAAUUUACUAUAAUCUGAAUUGUAUCAUACUGCCAGAAGGCGGAAUGUAGUCAAAAUAGCGAACUGGAAGGAUUCUACAAAUCUAAUAUAGUAACCGUUUGGCUCCUUUUACCAUCAUUGCAAUUACAUUGAUGCCAACAUAUUCUGGAGCGCUGUAUAAUUAUUAAAUAUGACAAACAUCAUUUUGACACACAGGAACAGUAAGUGAAGAUCCUUGACCAACAGGCUUACAAUCUAAAUGGAUGAGGGACAAAUAGAGGGGAAUGAGGGAAUCUGUUUUGCGGUUAACACUUCAGGGAGUUUGAACAACCCUUUUGUCAUGCCAAUAACAUGGUUUUUGUGGCAUCCUUGCACCUUUAUUUUGUAAUUUCUAAUCCUGGCAAUCAGUGAUUGUGUAACUCUGUAUUGCUCAUCAGAGAGAUUAAGACAAACACCCUAGCAGGUUAACAUGGGAACUUCUUCUAUAAACAAACUAAGAUGGGCAAAACAAGAGCCAGCAUUCUUAUCUUUAACAGGAAUUCAGCCUUAUGUUUACCACAUGCUUUAUUGAUAUAUGUUUCUAUUUUAUGAUUAAACCAUGAGCUAUUACAUUGUAAAUUCUACAAUCCCUGUUCUAGAACUAGAUAUUGUUCCAUAACUAAAAUGCAGUUGCUCCUAUUUAUUUUUUUUAAAUUUUUUUUAUUUUUUAGCACUUUUGGCAACUUUUAAAGUCUUGGCUUGCUUAUUUUGUCCUCAAGUUGGCCAUUCUGAUUCUAUGUAUUUUCAAUUCGAGUUUAGUAAAUAAACAUUGUAUCUUCAAAGUCCCCUUUUUAAUUUUCAUCUUUAACCCCUUUGUGAGGGUCAGUUUACAGAAAACAGAGGCUCCACUUACAGUUUAAAAGUGUGUGACUGUGGAUCUCGCUGGGAUCGACAAGAUGGGACUAUUCAUGCCUUUCUAGUGAGGCAUAACAGAGGUAGCCAAAGGCAAGUGAUUACAGGGACAGACGUCAACAGCAAUUGCUAUGGCUAAGCUAGGUUAAGAACGGUGCAUGAUGUGAUCAAGGUAUGUAUUUUGCAAUUAGAAGCCUCGAUUGUAAAGUCAGUCUGAAAUGCCAUAGGAGUGCUUCAACAGCCAAUCACAGUAGUCCUAUACAUUGACCGUUUAUGCCACUUUAAAAAUAGUGUCAAAGUUUGAUGCUGGUCACACAGCCUGUGAAAUUCAUAUAAAAUUUGUCUGCUAAAUUCAGCAGAAACGUGUGAAUAAAUGGCGAAGACUAAAAAUGUCCCAUAUUAAAUUGCCCAGUUUGAUUUAUUGCACAAAUGCUAUGCCAUGGAGCUAAGGUGCACCUUCUAUUUUGUCCCAAAAUAUAUCUGUAAAAAUGUGGAAGCUGAAAUUUACUUUUCUGUUAUUUGAGCCAAUAGCAUCUCACAAUUUGGCAGGGAUUGGGGAUAUUUCUGUACUCAGGAGAGUGGCAGAGUAUAAGUCUGGGGUCUUUACAGUAGUAAAACACACAUGGUCCGUGAAGUUUCCUUCACAAACUAUAAUAGUGGGGAAAAUCAAAAUUAAAUGGUUGAUUUGGCAGAGGCUUAAGAUAAAAUGGGAUAAAGUAUAACUUUCUAUAGAUCUAUACUUUUUGUUUAGCAGACUGAAUGUCACAAGCGCAUACUGUAUCCAUGGGAGUAGUGGGAGUUAAGUUUUGUAUUACACAGCUAUGUUACAGUAAGCUUGUUUGAGCAGGGCCCUCGUCUACCUAUUUUUCCUGUGUCACUGUUUAAUGGUCUCAUUUAUUGUAAAGUGCUACGAAAUUAGUUUAUGCAAUUAUAUAUGCCAAUAAUAAUAUAGUGCUACCAUACACCCCAUAAUUACCCUAUUAAAGGAAAAUUUAUAGUGUCAGGAAUUAAAACCUGUAUUCCGAACACUAUAUUAUUAAACUAAGUCUUUAGCUUCCCGGUCCACUUCAGAUCACUUUGAAAAGGUUUUAAACUUGCAUUUUCUCCCACGCCUGUCUCAUUCAGGUUGGCCCCGCCUCCACAGCUGAGAUAAUCAGUCUUGAUCUCAGCCAAUCCAGUGCUUCCCUAUAGAAAAGAAUUAGGAGGCUAUUGAACAUGUGCAGCACCAAUCCGCAUCUCCGUAUAGAGAUGCAAUGAAUCAAUGCAUCUCCAUAGGGAACGUUCAGUGACUCCAUGCAGAGCAUGGAGUCUCUAAACUAGGAAGCACAUCUAGGGGCCACUUGAGUGACUGCUACUAGAGGUGUGACUAGGCAGCAAAGCAAACACUGCCUUUCUCUUAAAAGCAUGCAGAGGCAUAAGCUACAGGGACAUUAAGCUGUAGUGGUUUUGGUAAUUAGAGACCUUUUUAAGGGCUAAUAGGUGUGUAGGGAUUUGGAAAAAUGCCCCUCUGUCUCAAUAGAGAUUUUGCAUUUUAGCUGAAGACAGCAAGGUGAAUUGUUAAUGUAGAACUCACCUAAGAGGUUUGCCUUGACGUGGCAGGUGAGCUUACGCUUUAAUUUCCAUUGAAGUGAUACUAAAAAACCUCCAGUUAUUUAAAUGUGCUUAGGGAUUUGGGAUAGUGUGCAGGAACUUUUUUUUUUUUUGGGGGGGGGAUUUUGUUGAAUGCCACAAAGGCUUAGCUCUACAAGCAUAAAUCACACUUGGCAAUAUCUGCUUCCCUAGAACUUCAAAAAAUGAAAAUCCUUGUCAUCUGAGACAUUUAAACGAUCUGGAAUAACAAGUGAAAUAGUAUUUUUCUGGAAUGAUGUUAAGCCCUAUCUGACCAUUGCAGCUGCUGUCAAAUUACACAGCCCAGAUCACUGUUUAAUGAACUGGUUGUGGUUUGUAGUUGAGAGAAUAGGGGACUGUGCAUGCGAAGUCCGGAUAGACUCCCUCUCCGGGAGGAUCGCUGUCCCUACAGUGUGCACACGCUGCAGUACGUUAGGGAGGAACUUGUUCCAAACCGUUUGCAAUCAUUGCUCUUUAAUUGAUUGCAAAGUAGAAUCUUGCCCUCUGUUUACUAGCCAUAAGAACAAUGUAUCCGUUCAAGAAUAGUUUAACUUUACCCCAUUCUCUGAUGUUGGUUUACCUUUACUAUGAGAAAGUUACUAUAGUGAGCCAGAAUAAUGUAUUUUUCUUGCUAACCCAUCUCCAUGUCCCACAGUGCAUCCUCUAUGGAAAGGCCAAUUAGAUAUCCCUGGCGGUACCCGGCAGUCUCCAAUUGACAUCCGUGUUCGGGAUAGCAUUUUUCAUCCUGACCUGGCGCCUGUGAAAACUCACUACGACCCAAAUACGUGUCUUCACAUCUGGAAUAACGGAUACGCCUUCCUUGUGGAAUUUGAUGAUUGUACUGAUAAAUCAGGUAAUAAAAAAGGUGAUAUAGCUCCUCUCACAGGGCAUGAUUUCCUUACUUGAGCACAGGUGCCCCAUUCUACAGUUGUGAGUAUGAUUGAGAAACAAAUUGAUUUUCCAUAAUCUGACAUUUUGGAGGUAAAAUAAAUGCAAAGGUCAAUUACAAAGCUAGGGUAAAACAAGAAAAUUAAGGUAUUUUAUUGUGAUACUGUAUGUUUUGGAGUAGCUCCAAUAUGUUGAACAGAAGUGUUCUUGUUAAUUAAAGGGACAGUCCACAGCCCAAUGCAAAAUAAAUAAAAAUCACUGUUUAGUAGAUACAACACCAAAUGAAAACAUGCUUGCAUUUUUUUCAUUGGGGUAAAUCUUAAAAACCGUUUGCACAACCUGCAGUUCUUUUGUCUGCUGCCUUUCCAAGUCCUCCCCUUUUAACCCUGCCCAGACUUCCUGUGGCUGUCCAAUCACAGACUUUCUUAAUGAGAAGUCUUUACAAGGCAUUUGCUCUGCACAAUUGCUGCCUCUUGAGUUUACCUAAACUGAGCUAAACAAACCAGGAAGUAACAUGACCUGUUGUCUAAUUGAAAAUUAAAAGGGUGUAACUGUUAUUUCAUGAAAAUGUAAAUUUCUAUUGAAAUUUGUACUUUUUGCAAAAUGAAAAAGCUCUUCUGGAGUGUCCCUUAAGCCUUUACACUGGCCUUGGCAUGGUCUUGCCAUUGAGAAGACUAUUAUGUGACAUUUGGAUUUUUGAAAAAACAUGCUUGUGUUUUUUUUGGUUUUUUUUAAAACUUUUAAAGAUUUAAUUUUUACAAUACAAUGAAGAAACAUAGUGAGUCUUUACAUUGCCCUGGAGGCCUGAAACUGUUAGUGGAUCACAUAUCAUCAUUACAAUAUAUUGGUGGUGCAUAAGGUAAGUUGACCAUUAGGUUCUAUCAGCACUUGUUUUUACAGUAGAAGACAAAUGACAUUACAAGAGGAAAAAAAAAUGUUUAAGUAAUCUGUAAACUUUAACUUGCUGAAGCGCUUUGUGUGUUAAGAGUUUGUCCUGUUUUUUAAUUAAAAAAAAAAAGUCAAAUUUCAAUAAAAAUUAACACGGUUUCUAAAUGAACAGUGUUACACUUCAAGGCUUGACAAAGAACCUUACAGGGUUGAAACGUUGCCUGGUCCACUUGAUGGUGGAAUGAGUUUCAUUCUAAAUCUGACCAAUUAUUUUAUGCUGAUUUCAGGGUCCUAGAGUUGGGGACUCAGAUGACAACACCCUAGAAGCUCAAGGUGUGAAGUGUAUUUUAAUUUAAUUAAACUUUUUGGCGUUGAAUCACAGGACCGUAAAGAACACCCAAUAUUCUAACAUUAUUUAUUUAUAGUUAGUGUUGAGGUCCAAGGAGGAAAAAUCUUUAAAAUACUCAUUCUAUCUAAUUAAUAAUCAAAUGGUUAUGAAAAGAAACUUGAUUGACUUGAUGCUGAUGUGCUAUUGGCUGUGCAGCCAGCAUGACCAUUCCAUUGGUUGCCACCGCGAUUGCUUUUACCACUUUGACCCAAAAUUGUUCUGUAUACAUCAUCUACUUUAUUUUAUGGUGUGUUUUCCUGUUGCAUCUGACCUUUAGUUGUGUUCAUGCACUCUUCUCAUGUACAGUCUCAGUGGGAGGGAUGGGCUUCCCCCUUAUCAGCUCUUCCCAUCUAACGUACGAUGGUUAUGCAAUGAGCAAACACACGUGCAGCUGGGUGACCGCGUGCUCCAUGUAUUUAUAUUGUGUGUGUGAUGUGUGAUCACUUUACCUUUAUCUUAAUGAUGCAAUCCCCCUGCCUCCCAAGGACACUUUGACAUCAUUCUACCUUAACACAUUCACUGCCAGAGGAACGCUAGUGCUAGUACUUUGGAAAUAGCUGUAUGAUGACAUGUCUGACAACAAUACAUUAUUUCACUCCACAUUUAUUUUUAGUACUAUGAGUUGAGUUUCACUGUACAGCGCUGCAGACGUUGGUGCUUUAUAAAGCAUAAUUUCUUGAAGAUUUAUUUUAUUUAACCCAGCGCUGCAUGGAAACGUAGCUUGCAGAACAUGUGAUGCAUGUUACCAGUAUUUACUAGGUGGAUUAAGUGUUGUCAGCUUACAGAAACUUGGACGACAUUACUAGAAGCACUUCAGCUCACCCGGAGCUUAUCAGAACACUCCUAUUAUCAGCUGCCGGCUCCUUCAUCUCUUAUUACAGCUUCUGUUAACAGUGUGCUUCUGAUAAGCUGCCAUGUGCUCAGUCUUUCAUGCAUUUAUUUAUUAGGCAUGCUCUUAGUGACGGACAUUCAUUGUAAAUUAUGUUUAAUUUUUUAAUAUAUAAAUUAACCUCUGUUACACCCCCUGGUUGUCGAUCAUGCAACUGGUUCUGUUACUUCCUGGAUGGUUAGCUCAGUGGAGGUAAACUCCAUAGACAAUUACCCAGAGCACCUGCCUUACAAAUACUUCUCAUUGAACUGCAUUGAGAAGUCUGUGAUUGGACAGACACAGAAAGUCUGGGUGGGGUUAGAAAGGGAGAGUGUAAAAGGACUUCAGACAAGAGACCUGCAACUUUUGCAAUCAGUUUGUAAGGCCCCCCGCCCCCCCACACACCCCUCACCCAUCCACAAAAUGCAUAAUUAAAGGCAUGUUUUCUUUGGGGUUAUAUUAUGCCAAUCUGGAACCACUUAACAGUGAUUUUUGUUUUUGGGCAGUGGAGUGUCCCUUUAAAUAGUCUUAAAAAGGUCCAAAACCACAAAACAAUCACACUGCAUGGUAUUCUCUAGCUAUCAAUGCUGUCCAAAUCAGAAAUUGGCAUCACAAAUUUGGAAGUGUGAAUUCAACAUACGCAAUCUGAAAAGGAGGGAUUCAGGUGCCCACAGCCUAUUUGCCUCUAUAAUCACUACAGUUGCUAUUAUGGUUCUGAUGAUGAUAUUACUUUUAAGUCUCCUAUUGUGAAAUAUAAAGUUCCAUAUAACUAAUAGCCACAAGUCUCCACGGAGCAUUUGGCCCUCAAGGGGUUAAACGUUAUAACCGGUGCAGUUGGUGCAGAACCAUUGCAAAAGAAAAACUCUCAUUCAGAUUAGUUGCCACAGCCUAUAACUUAAGUGUAAGCAAAAGUGUUCUAUACCCAUAUACAAAUGAUGUUUUGUUUACAGAUGAUUGAAAAUUCAGUUUGUUCAUAAUAAUUUUUUAUUUAAUUUUUCUUCUCUCGAUGCUGUUUGUUAGUGGUAAGUGGGGGACCACUGGAAAACCCCUACAGGCUAAAGCAAUUCCAUUUCCACUGGGGAGUGAACAAUGAUUGGGGCUCCGAGCAUACCGUGGACAGCAAAGUGUUUCCUGCAGAGGUCAGUACAUUGCAGUAAAUUGGUUUUACUGUUUGUGCACCUGAGACGUGUGUAGAACAGGCUCUAGUUGCAUUAAUUUUUAUGGUGGCGGAAUAGGACACAAUCUCAUCCAAGUGGGCCUUAGCCUAAAGAAAUGCUAAAGUGAAUCCUCAUCUCUGUCCUUUAAUGUUUCAGCUCCAUCUUGUGCAUUGGAACUGCACAAAAUAUCGAACCUUUGAAGAAGCGAUCAUGGAAGAAAAUGGCUUGGCAGUCAUAGGAAUUUUCUUAAAGGUGAGAAUAGCUUUCAAUUGUAACCUGCAUCUAAAUAUUUAUUCUUAUUCCCUUAUAGCUGCCUCUCCAGGUACUUCCUAUCUUUCUACAUUACCAAUUCAUGCAAAUGCGUCUUAAAAGGAACACUCCAAGCACCAAAACCACUACAGCCUAAAUAUAGUUGUUAUGGUGCCAGAAGUACCCUGGUUCCCUCCCAGAGUAAUUUGUCAGAACAUUUAACAUUGGUUUGACAACUUAUCUGGAUCCUCCUGGGCACCUGUGGGUGCUUUCGGAUUCUCAAGAAUGUAGAAUUCAGUUGAUUCUACUGAGCAGGGCCGCAGAGAUUGUCAGCGGAGUGCUCUCAGCCAAUGAGCGCAUUCCUGCUUCAGCUCUGAAAACACCCAGCAUGUUCUGCAGGAGAUGCCUGAUGUGGCACUGCUGUCUUGGGGACAAAUUUCUCUGGGAGGGCACCCCUGGCACCAUAGCCACUCUGUGUGAUGUACUGUGGACCAUAGAAAAGAUUUGUGCUUUAUUAGAACCAGAAAUAAGGGGAUUUCUCGCAUAUUGACAAGUUACCUCCCUGUUUGCGUUUUAGUACAGGCCUUUAAAAAUGGGCUAUAACUGACUAUUGCUCUGGGUUUUCGAUCUGCAUUCGGAUUUUUAUAAUGUGUAUGUAUUUCCAUGCACAGGUCGGAAGACACCACGAGAAACUACAGAAGCUGGUGGACAUAUUGCCUUCCGUCCGGUAUAAGGUAAAAUCACUUGUUUGAAUCCUGUGUAAUGUGGAAAAACAUUAAUGUUUCAGCCACUAGAGGGCACCAAACUUCCAUCCACUUUAACAUACUGUUUGAGCUUUAAAGAGACAUUAUAGGCAACCAGAUCACUUCAUCUCAUUAAAGUGGUCUGGGUGCAGUGUCCCUGUCCCCUUAAACCUGCAAUGUAUAACAUUGCAGUUUUAGAGAAAUUGCAAAGUUAAGACUGCCUCUCCCAGACCGCCACUAAAGACGAUACCUGUAGUUUCAUGAAGAUUAAUGAUGUGAAACAACGCUGGACAUCCUUGCGAUAAAUCAAUGCUGUACUAUAGGGAAGGCGUAAUGCGUGUGCGGCGCUUGCCAUGCAUGCUCAUUGAGUUACCCCUUGAUCGGACGUCUGAGGAGCCGGAGCCAGCACAGAGGGACGUCUGCACUGGAAGCAGGCAGGUGGACAAAGGGUUUGUAGCCUUUUCAUUAGAUGGGUGAGGGGGUUUGCAGAGGCACACCACCCAAUUUAAAAGCAUUUUCCUUAUUGGUCAUGUGAUGAGUGAAUAAAGUCCAUCAACAAAACAGAAAAACCACAGCAAAGAAUGCAAAAACAAAAUCCUUAUCUGAUCCCCUACAUAAACUCUUAGAAGAGAUGAGUGGCCAGGAGCCAUUAAGAGUCCCAUCAAAAAGGUCAAACAAGCCUAUGCCCUCCAGGGGCAGAACACAGUCCUGCAACAAGGAGAAGUACUUCAGGCCUCUGUGCCCAGAUGUAGGCAAGCAGACCAGGUCUUGUGUCAAUGUCAGCUUUCCGAUGAGUACCACAGCUUCCCCGGGAAUCCAAAAUUUGGACUGUAAUGGGACACGCUUCUGUUCAGACUUGUGAUCAGGUGAAGGAUGCUGCCCGCUCUGCCACCAUGUUCGAGCCCUCGAUAUCUAGACGCGCAGACUCCUAAUGGGGACUUGAAGACAACAUUUGAGGUGAGUGGCCACUCGGUUUGGAGCAGAUUGAUGCACCUUGUUUUCCAGCUUAUGCCAAAAGUCAGUGGAGUUUGAACAGAACUUCGAAUUUCUCACAACUGAAACUGGGGAACCACGCGGCUUCCGCCAUCAUGAGUAGGGCAAUAGGUCUUUUGUUGCAGCAACACCACAUGGUCCUACCACAGCAGGGUAGCCUCCCAGGAGUAUAAGGAGGGGGUAAUGGGGCAUUCGAAUGACUCUGUAGUCAUUAAGGCAACUCCGGGUUGGGAGAUCAGCUGCUUCUCCCAUCCAGUGUACACUAGUCCAUAUGACCUAGUACGUCAAGCAGAUGACUUAUCGUCGAGUCGAUGACCCCUACACUGUAGCCAGGACAAGGAUCAGGUAAGUCUCUGAAACUUUCAUAAAUCAAGCUAGAUGAGGCUCUUAAAUCCUCUUUAUGCUAGGAUAAGUGAGAAGCUCGCUCAGGACAUGUCUUUCCACCAUGACUGUUAGACCCUGGCCUCUCAUUUUCCUUUCUUUAAAAAAAUAUUUUUGUUAGAAGUGGUGUGUCUGUGUACCAAGUUUUAUUUUAAGUGUUCUCAAUGCAUUUUGAUUUCUCCUGGGGUACACCGAGAACACAAUUCUUGUAUUUGUUCAAUUAUUGCAUGUGAUCGCAUGACCUCCAUUCAUCUUACUGUAGAGCAGGCAUAGGCAACUUUCGGCACACCAGAUGUUUUGGACUACACCUCCCAUGAUGCUUUGCCAGCAUUAUGGGUGUAAGCGUGCAGUGGAGUGCUGAAGCUUGCCUACCCCUGCUUAGAGGGUUAUUUCAUAUUGUUGAUCUAUUGCUAGAAAUAUUUUGGUGGAAAUAUGAAGUUUCCAGGACCAUAGGGCUGCAUGGACAUGUGGGUUUAGGGAUGGGGAUAUGAGCAAAAUAUGGAAUAUCCUUAUGGGGUUACAAUAAUUCUGCAGACUCCAUAAACAAAACAACCUUUUCUGUAUUGAAGUUUCUCUCUGUGUUCUUUAUUUAGGAUUCACUUACAGAAUUUAAUUACUUUGAUCCAUCCUGCCUCCUGCCAUCAUGCAGUGAUUACUGGACCUACGCUGGGUCCCUAACCACUCCACCCCUGACGGAGUCUGUCAGCUGGAUAAUCAUGAAAAAGCCAAUCGAAGUUGACCAUAGUCAGGUACUAUUUAUCCCCCAACGCUCUAUAAUAAGUCCGACUUUACCAUCAGUACCAGACUCGGAGUGAUAGGAUUUCAAUAUAUGCAUGAGUGGAGAGCUAGUGACCGUAUUCCUGUGCAUGCAGACACCCCGCUGUGUUUAAUUAUGCAAUCUGUAGGGGAGCUGGCAAUAGUAUGUUUGGCUGUAGAAGUAUUAGCCUUUGGUAGUGUCAGCCCGCAUGGCUAAAUGUGGCAGACUCCCAUUCAGAGAAACAUGAGAUCUUUCAAGGUCAGAGUAUUUGUAAUCCAACUAAAAUAAGCUGUGAGUUGGCUUGUUUGUUGGUUUGUUUUUGUUUGUGGUUUUUUUGUGCAUGUAUGGUGUUUUAUCACUUCCCAUAAAAGGGAAUUGUUGGACGUAAUUAGAUUUUUGCAUAAAAGAUUUCAGCACUGAUUAUCGGAAAUGGUGGCACAUGUUAAGAGGUUACACUGACUGUGUGCCUAUGAAUGACACAAUUGUAUUUACAAUGGUAAGACCUAUUUGAUCAAGAGUGUGUGAGGGCCGUGCUCAAACAAGCCUACCUUCCAAGCUGUAUUUACACCUGUGCUUGUUAUUAUACAAUUACUGACUUCCUGUAAAGAGGGCAUAAACCGAAUGCUUGUCUCAGCCCUCGCUGAUGUGAUGCUAAUGUGAUGACAUGGCAGGAUUUAAUGAAUUUGUCUCUGGGUUUGUAUUUUCAGUUGGCAGUGUUCCGCAGUCUCCUCUACAGUGCGGUAGGAGAAGAUGAGAAGUACAUGGUGGACAAUUUCCGUCCUCUGCAGCCGCUGAUGAACCGCACCGUCCAUUCCUCUUUCCAACCAUCGCUACUACUGUCUGAUGCCAAGAAGAAAUCGGAGAAGCACACCCACCGGCAGCAGUCUGGCUAACAUGGAAACAAUGGAGAACGUUUAUGUAGAAUCAUAGAUUACUGAUAAUUCCAUCACCUUAUUCGGAGGUGACAUACUGAAGAUACUGCCCUUUUAUGCAUUUUACAGAUAUUCUUGUGUUAUCGGCACUUGGCAAGAGCAAACCGGUUUGCUGCCAUUUAAAAUUCGUGGUCCAUGGCAUCGAUAAGUACUGUGUUCUGGGUUUAUGCUCCAGACCUCCACAAGCACAAAUGGUAAAAUGGUAUAGCUGCCUUUGUACACCACGUGUGCUGAACAUGCAUUUCUUUAAAUGCCUAUGGCUGCUCAUUGCUUGGCAUUUUUAUUAAUGCUUUGUUUUCUUAAAAUGGGUGCUUUUAAAAAUAGUUUGUUUACUUAAAACGCAACGGUUAAAGUGCCCUUAACUAAUUAUUUCAGUUUUGGAUUGUUGUCAGUACCCUAGAGCUGUCUUGGCUCACUUAGUACAUGAAGACCUUCUUCCAGGUCAGACUGCCAGAUCUGCAGGAUGUAAGCCUAUAACAAGCUGUUAGGACCACGCACUUACACCUGUGUUCUGUAGUUAUGGCAUAGACUUUUAGAUGGUUUUGUAUUUUAAUUAAGUGUAUCUUUUGCUGUUUUUGAUAAAUUCUGACUGUUCCAUUCUGCUCAUACCUCACACCAUGUUUGCCAUCAAAAUGAAAGACUUUGUUAAAUCAUUGUAGUAGCUAUGUCUUAGAUUUAUAGCAAGGGUGUUUUACUAAAUAGUUUGAAAAAUACAUUUUUAUUUUUUGGCCUUAUGUAAGCAAUUUAACACCAUGAACUGUUUAGUGAAAAUCCCUUUAAAGGCCGCUGCAUCAGCUAGAUUGCAGAUAGGCAAAAAAUAAUAUUUUAUUUUUAAAAUGACUUCUUUAAAUAUCCUAUAAUGUAAAAUGAUUUCCUAUGUAAAAAUGAGAAAUUAUGUUGUUAAUACACUGAAUCAAGUGAUGCUCUUAACACAUGUCCUACAAUAACUACCUAGUGCUUUUUUUUUUUUUUUGUAGUUUGUGUCCUAAGAUGUAUUGUUAAAUAUGUUAUGUCAUUGUCUAAUUUUUAUGUACUGCCGGAACAUAAACAAUAGUCUGUGUUAAGCAAUUUUUACACAAUUGCUUGGAUAGAGCACAUGUUAAAUGUUCUACCUGUGUGAACCUUCAAUUUCCAAAUUCAUAAACUGUUUAUAAAAUAUAACAUUUUGGUGGUUUUUUUUUUAUUUAUUUUUUUGUUAGGAAGCAAUAGCCUGUGCAUUCUGGUAAAUAUUAUCGGAUGUGAAUACUGUACCGUAAUACAGAUCAGAUAAUUUUCCUAAUUCUGAAGUACACAUAUAGCCUUUUAUUUUGAUUUAAAACCAAUUUAUUAUAUAUGCUUGUCAAGGACUAAAAUUUCAAUUCCUAUGCUACUAAAUGUUAGUUGCCACAGCAAACCUGGAGAGUCCACGACACAUUUAUCAAGGAGAAUUUCUACCUGCCAGGGCUAAAUUUUACUUGGCAAUGGCUAGUCAAUUAGACUUUAUAAACAAUUUUCUUUAAAUAAUACUCGAUCUACGUGAUAGCAGAGAAGAUAGAGGGAGGACGACACUUUAUGGGAUUUUGCAGAAAGGAUUACACAGGUACCCAUUUGUUUUUACAGAUAAGAAUAUGCCGUGUAAUCUAUAGCCGGGUUGGUCAAACUACCUGUUGGUCUUUUUUAAUCUGUAGGUAGGCAAUGACUGACCAUUGCACUGCAGAUAGUGUGACCACAACUCCCAUAACCCUCUGUUUCUGAAGGCUGACCAAGCAUGAUGGGAAUAUGGUUUGCAAUGCCCUAGUUGCCAUUGCUACCUAUAAUAUUUUUUAUUUUUUUUAUUUUUUUUUAAUGCAGCAACGUAUCAAUAAAUAAAUAUAAAUGUUUUUAUUUUAUUUUUUUAAAGAAGUGGCAAAGCAUGGUCUGUGGAUCCCAAUACAAAGAUAAGUUGAUGGUGGUUUUGCUAGCAGAUGGAAACAUUCUUUUGUUGGUACAAACUUAUGUAUUGCACAGGGUGAGGCGUGGGUCUAUUUAUGCGCCUGCCUUGAAAGGUUCAUUGCUUAAAACUGUUCUCAUGUCCUCUGUCUGUGAUAGAAAGUAACUGUCGGUUUAUUAAUAAAAUGACAUUAAUUCUGGUAUGCCGUCUGUGGUUUUAAUAUGUACACGUGUAAUAGUGUUAUCUAUAGCACUGGUCUAGUAACAUGACUGAGAGUAAUAUUUCCUAUAGGCUAUAUUGGUGCGGAGUGAAUGAUUGAUGUUCAAUUAGAGUAGGCUUUGGUUCUAAGUUCCCAG